GGGCCAGUUGGAAACCUCUCUCUCUCUCUCUCAUACAACUCUGUUUAUAAUGAUAACAAUCAAUCCAUUAGCUUAAGCGGAACUCCUCAAACCACCCACACCCUCCAAUCUCUCUCUCUCUCUCUCUCUCUCUCUCUACGAUGGGCUUGUGUAAAAACUAAAGCUUGUUGUAAUUGUCCUUUCUAAUUUUCUCUCACCGGCCAGAAUGUCGUCAGGAUUCUCCGGGACGGGUCACGACUUCUACACCACGGGCGGUUUCACGGGACGAUCCAUGGCCACAAACACUCCCCAGAAUCUCUACACGGCGGGUAUUUUCACCGACCCGGCUUCGCAGAUCCACCAACGGAGACCCGAUUUGAUCGGGAAGCGUUCUCUCGCCGAGUUCCAAAACCAGCAGCAACAGCAACAAAACCACCUCUACCAGCAACAACAACAAGCUCUGGGGCUUUAUCUCAGGAACAUAAAGCAACGGACUUUCCAACAACCUUCUCCGAUAUCUCCCAUCUCUCCCCCCGUCGAUUUCUCCGCCUCGAUUUCCCUUGACGCCUCCUCAAUUUCCUCUAAUAACUCCUCUGUUUCUUCCCGCUACGGCUUGCCAAUUCCUCAACGCACUUUCCAGCAACCCAUCUUGUUUGGUAACGGGAUUAACUCUUUUUCUUUGAAUAAUCCUAACUUUUCCGGGGCAUCGUAUCCGAAAUUCGCCGUGAAGCAGGAGCCGGGGCAGGAAUCGGAGAAGAAACACAUGAUGAACCGGCUCCAGGAGCUCGAGAAACAGCUAUUAGACGACGACGACGACGAAAUCGACGGCGUACAAGGAGGAGGAGGAGGAGAAAGAGGAGAGGGUGACGCUGUGUCCGUAGUUACAAACAGCGAGUGGUCCGAAACGAUUCAGAAUCUUAUCAAGCCGAUUUCGCCCUCUCCAACCUCGUCUUCGUCGUCGUGUUCGUCCUCGUCGGCCUCCCCGCCGAUUUCCUGCCCGAAGCAGUCGCUGAUGGAGGCCGCGUCGGCUAUCUCCGAAGGCAAGGCAGAGGUCGCGGCCGAGAUACUCACGCGCCUGAAAAAUGUGUCCAACGUCAGGGGAACAUCCGAGCAGAGGUUAACCGCCUACAUGGCCUCCGCCCUCAAGUCGCGCGUGAACCCCGCGGAGUUUCCCCCUCCGGUCUCGGAUCUAUACGGGAAGGACCACGUGGGGUCCACCCAGUUGCUGUACGAGAAAUCGCAGUGUUUGAAGCUAGGGUUCAGGGCCGCCAAUCUCGCCAUCCUCGAAGCGACGUCGCAGCAGCUGCAGAAUUGCAAGCUCCACGUCGUUGAUUUCGACGUCGGGAACGGCGGGCAGUACCAGCAUUUGAUUUACACGCUCGCCGGUCGUACCGCCGAUAAUCCGGUUUGUUUGAGGAUCACGACGUUUGCGGAUUUUGGAAACGGUGGUGAAGAGAGGUUGAAGCGUGUUGGAGACCGACUUAAAUCGCUGGCUGCUGAAAACGGAAUUAGGUUCGAUUUCAAUGUUCUAUCUCUGAAGGUAACUGAUCUGAGUCCGGAGAAACUCGGCGUGGAGGAGGGUGAGGUUUUGGCGGUGAACUUGGCGUUCAAGCUGUACAAGCUGCCGGAUGAGAGCGUCACGACGGAGAACCUGCGCGACGAGCUGCUCCGCCGCGUGAAGGGGCUGGGCCCGGCGGUGGUGACGGUGGUGGAGCAGGAGAUGAACGGGAACACGGCGCCGUUCCCGGCGCGCGUGGCGGAGGCGUGCGCAUACUACGGGGCGCUGUUCGACUCGCUGGAGGCGACGGCGGGGUUGGAGAACUCAGACCGGGUCAGGAUCGAGGAAGGGCUGGGCCGGAGGGCGGCCAACUCGGUUGCGUGCGAGGGGAGGGACCGCGUGGAAAGGUGCGAGGUGUUUGGCAAGUGGCGGGCCCGGAUGCGCAUGGCCGGGUUUGCGUUGAAGCCGCUGGGUCAAAGCGUCGCUGACUCGCUACGUGUCCGGCUCAACUCGGAGACGUGUGGCAACCCGGGUUUUACCGUGAAGGAAGAGAGCGGUGGGAUCUGCUUUGGUUGGAUGGGACGCACACUCUCAGUUGCAUCUGCUUGGCGUUAACUCUCUCUCUCUCUCUCUCCUCUUUCUCUCUCAUUGGGAGAAUUAUAUUAUGGGAGAGUAAUUAAUUGUAAUAUUAUCUGAUGCUUUUUCGUGGAAAAAAAAAGAAAAAAAAAGGGACCCGCCAAACGAACUAAGUUAGCGGCGUGUUUGGAUGUGAGGAAACCUGUGUAAUGUUUUUUAAGUAAGGGGCAAAUAGUAAUUUUCCCGAAUUUGCUUGACUUGUAUGGAAUGAGCUCACGUUUAAGUGGCAUUGAGGGCUCCACUCAAUAGAUUAUAUAUCUUCUUCUUC